AUGCCUGUCGUACGUUUUGUCGCUCAGUGGAGGACAGGCGACGCGCUUCCCAAUCCACCGCCCGAAUACAGCAACAACUGCGAGUUCAUCUACUUUCGAUGGGAUGAUGCGGUUCCGCCCCCACCGACAAGAUCAAAAUCCGUGACGCUUCGCGUUGACUAUGGCGGCCGUUGCGCGCUCAAAGAUGGAGUUCUGAUAGAAUUUCCGCUUGAUGAUGACCCCGCACUCGAUCCCGAGAUCAAGAUCGACAUCCUUAAGAAUCCUGACCAGACUUAUAGCGUGGCUGUCACCGACUCUUCACAUCUUAUUGGCCUUCGACUAGGGACUGUCUUUCAAGACGGCUGGCAAUCCCGUGUGGAUAUUGACACUACUUUUGCAAGACGCAGCACUGACGGCGGGUCUGCUAUAAACCAAUGCUGCCGUGCAGUCGUCUAUGCAACAGCAAGGGUGCCGAUGUGGCCGGGCCUGGUCAAAACAAAUGAGAUCUCGAUGGAAAUGCGCUGUCUCGGACUUCACGCACUGCCAAGCUGCAACCCUGCUUUACUGCCUCGAGACUUCGAUCCUCUGGCCGCGGAAUGCUCAGCCUAUGUGAGAUGGUUCGACACUCAGUACCGUUAUUGAUGUGGGCACACGUUGCGCUCGCGCUGUGCCAAUCAGACAUGCAUUUGCAUGUCUUUCCGUUGUGCUUAACGACAUGAUCAUAUCGCUGUCCAGGUCCUGAGGCGAAUAUAAGUCUUGAGCCACUCUUGGUAGGCUGGUCCAAAAUCAACGUCAAAUUGGCCGGC